UGCUUUAUAUUAUAUUUCUAGAUAUUCACAGCAACAAAUGGAAGUUAAAGAUGACAAGAUGGAUGAAAAGUGGUGGCAUCUUUAUGAUAAAUUGUGGAUUAUUAUUAGUGAGAUAAAUGGCAAGGGACCGAACAAAACUUUGCCGAAAUCAUCAACUUCUGGAGGUCCCACAUUUGGUCAAAGAGCCCGUGGAUUAGUAGAAUCACUCAACCUUCCUGCUGCAGAGAUGGCUGCUGUUGUUGUAUCAGGUGGCAUAGGCAGUGCAUUGGGAGGAAAACCGAACAGAAUUGUUGAUAAGGCAAUGAUUUUGCGCUCGGAGAAGUUCCCAAGAAUUAUUCUUCGACUUGUGAUGCUCUACAUCUGCAAAUCUCCUCUUGAAAAAGCAUCACGAUGUGUGCAGCAGUUUAUUUCACUUUUACCUUCUCUUGUCGAUACUGAUGAUGAUCAAAACAAAAAUAGGUUGCAGCUGUUCAUCUGGUCUUUGCUUGCUGUUAGGUCACAGUACAGAAUGUUAAAUAAUGAUGCUCGCAUGCAUGUCAUAUCGCAUUUGAUUCGAGAAACUGUAAGCUGUUGCAAAUCAAUACUUGCAAACAGUAUAAUCAGAACAGAUGAUUCCUCAGAUACUGGUGUUUUUCUUAAAGAAACUGGGUACAUACACAACCUGAUACAAAAAGAACGAGUUUCUGCAGCUGUAAGUUACUUUGUGUAUAUUGAUCCAUGUGCUUGCUAGUGAUUGUUUUUGCUU